GGGUGGGAUCGCUGACGGCCGGCGUUUGGUUUCUAUCAGUAAUAUUACGCAAACAGACUAUCAUUUCAAAUGUUAACUGUUGUGUGAAAAUGGCUUUACAUCAUUUUUAAAAGACAUGCAUUGCUACGCUAGGACGGCGCUGAUGUAGAUCUGCGUUUGAAUGCACGCAUCACUAAUGCCAAGCGCGCAUUCCAACAAGCUCGCCACCACUGACCUGUGGCACGCGCACACAUGCUGCGCGCGGUGACAGCCUCCCUGUGCUCUUCCUGCCCGCGUGCCCAGCUGUUCACCUUGCUCGCCAGGGCGUGCGCAUCCUCUGGUCAGCCCGAGAACAGCCACACCGUGAACACGCUCCGCAGCCUGUCUGUGGACGUGUCUAAGAUCCGGAAGACGAAGGGCUGGGUGUUGAGCCGCAGCCCCGUGUACGUGCGCGAGGUGGCAGCCUUGCUGUGGGACGCGGGAGCCGACGAGAGCGUCGUUGCUUGGGUGCUGCAGACUCACCUGGAAGCGGUGCUCUGCACGCCAGAGCUCCUGGAGGCACAGAGGGAGCUGUGGAUGUCGGUCUGUGCCAGCCCCAGGGACCUGGUGGGCAUCACGGAGAAGUUCCCAGCCUCGUUCUUCACCGCGGACGGCCACCUUGAGCACCAGAGGGCCAAUGUUGCAUUCUUCCGUGACCUGGGCCUUCACAGGUGCGUCGUGGCCAAGCUGAUGGCAAGCGCCCCACAGAGCUUCAGUGAUCCUGUUAAGAAGAACCAGGAGAUGGUUCGGACCUUCCAGAAGGCCUAUCUGGAGCUGGGAGGGGACGAGGUUAACAUGAGGGUCUGGCUGCAGAAGGUGCUCAGUCAGAACCCACACGUGCUCCUGAAGCCAUUGGAAAUCGUGCGGAAUAACAUGACGUUCCUGCAACAGCAGGGAUUCGCCAGGAGUGAAGUCCUCCAGCUCCUCUCCAAGCUCAAGGGCUUUGUCACAGAGGUGCAGCCCAAGACAGUGGGGCUCACUCUGGACUGUGCCUGGGACACGCUGGGCUUCACAGCAGCCAGCCUCCGCCAACUCGUGCUGAAGUGCCCCUCCUUGCUGUUUUUCUCCGUAGCCGUGCUGGCAGAGAGAUUCAGGAGUUUCCUCAGUGCUGGGAACAGCCUACAGCAGAUCACAGAGACGCCCGCUGUCCUGGACCUGACCCCACAGAUUCUCCAGUAUCGCGUUCAGAAACUAACCUCUUGUGGCUAUGAUAUUAGGACAGGCAGUCUGGAGCCCUUCACUGGCAACAAGGAGCUUGAGAUGAGUUACAGGAAAGUGUGUGUGCAGCGAGAGGCCGCGCUUUAACCCUGUAGCACCUCCACGCACUGAUGAGUGACAUUCCCUUCUGUGCAGACGUUACCUGUCGUUAGUCCGUAAAAUUUAACCUAAAGAGUUGAAAUCUAAAAUUGGAUCCAUUUGUCUUCAUCUGGUUCUGAAUAAUUUCUUAUUUUGUUGUAAUCUUUUUAUGUUAGCCAAAUGGCAUCAUGGUUUAUUGUCAUUACUGAACAGCGUGGCAUUGCUUUGGCAUUCUGGAUUUUGUGACAUUUUGUAACGUGCUAGUUCUAAAUGAGUCCUCUAAUUGCUCUAAACGAAAUUUUGAUUUAAGUGCUUCGUUUUCUCUGUGCGUGCCUCCUCAUUACCUGUUAUGCCGACAUGCAGCCUCUUCCUCCCUUAACAUCUUGUUCUGCAGGCGUUGGUUUGGCCUGCUGAGCGCCACACUGAGUCAUGCGCGAGAGCACGGGAGGUUAAUAAGGGUUGUAUAAAUAGUUCUGUUUCAUUUAAAACACGACACCGGGUAUUAUUAGCAAGGCCUGCUCGUUGGUUUUAUGGGAGCAUAACUCAGGGAAAGUGAAAAAUGGUGACAUGCAAUUAAAAUCUCCCAUUUCCCUCCGUGGCCCCCGCGUGCGGGAGGAUUAACGCGGUCAAUGCUCCGCGCGCGGUCAUGCAGGUGCGUUUGAAGGGACAUUAGCUCGCGCCUGCGACUGCGAUUCAGACACGUGGCCUCAGUGAAAACUAAUUAGCCAACGAAAAAUGGCAUGAAACUAUACAACUGUGCUGUCAAAAAAAUGAAGGGUUUAGCAAUUUCCAGUGUAAUGAUUCCUGAAUAUUGACUAUUUUGUUUCACCCCAGGACUAAUAUUAAAAUUGUACACAUAUGAAUAUGUUUACUGAUGUGAAAUGGUACCGUGGUUUUGUUUAGCACUGUUUAGGACAGCUGAGGUAGCGCAGUUUCUUAUUCUGCCCAAUGUCGCCCCCUAGUGGAGAAAUAAUUGUAUAGAAAUUCUUGCGUUUAUUGGCCUGGUUUCUGUCAGGAUAAUAUUCUACAUGCGUACAUUCAUAUAAUGAGGAUAGACAAUAUUGAAUUUCUAAGAAUUUUUUUUUUCAUACGGUUACAUAAAUAUUACACAUGAUAUUUGAAAACCUACAUUAAAUGCACUGAGCUUCUCUGAGUAUUGUAAGUACAUUUAAGUAAUUGAUUAUCGGGCCAUACAAAAACAAGAAUAUAAUUUACUUUA